GGGGGGCCCCGGGGCAGGAGUGGGCACAUGGGGGUCAAGGUCUGUGGGUGCCAAGCGCCAUGGGUUAAGCCCCAAAUUGAAAUUCGGAAAACCCUCCCGACGCUCUCGCCCCGUCCAUCAUGUCUGGAGACAAACUCUUGAAUGAGCUGGGCUACAAGCUGGGCCGCACCAUCGGGGAGGGGAGCUACUCCAAGGUCAAGGUGGCCACCUCCAAGAAGUACAAGGGCACGGUGGCCAUCAAGGUGGUGGACCGGCGGCGAGCCCCCCCGGACUUUGUCAACAAGUUCCUGCCCCGGGAGCUGUCCAUCCUGCGCGGCAUCCGCCACCCACACAUCGUGCACGUCUUCGAGUUUAUCGAAGUGUGCAAUGGGAAGCUGUACAUCGUCAUGGAGGCCGCCGGCACCGACCUACUGCAGGUGGUGCAGCGCAGCGGGCACAUCCCGUGCGCCCAGGCGCGCGAGCUUUUCGGACAAAUCGUGGGCGCCGUGCGCUACCUGCAUGACCACCACCUGGUGCACCGCGACCUCAAAUGCGAGAACGUGCUGCUGAGCCCCGACGAGCGGCGCAUCAAGCUCACGGACUUCGGCUUCGGACGCCAGGCGCACGGCUACCCGGAUCUCAGCACCACCUACUGCGGCUCUGCCGCCUACGCGUCGCCCGAGGUACUCCUGGGCAUUCCCUACGACCCCAAGAAGUACGACGUGUGGAGCCUGGGCGUUGUACUGUACGUCAUGGUCACCGGCUGCAUGCCCUUCGACGACUCGGACAUCGCUGGCCUGCCCCGCCGCCAGAAGCGCGGCGUCCUCUACCCCGACGGCCUCGAGCUGGCGGAGCGCUGUAAGGCGCUCAUCGCCGAGCUGCUGCAGUUCAGCCCGUCCGCGCGACCCUCCGCCGGCCAGGUUGCCCGCAACAGCUGGCUUCGCGGCGAGGCUUGCUAGCGCCCACCCUCGCGGGGCCCCCCAAUCUCCUCCUCCCCUCUUCCCAGGCUACCUUACCCUCACCCCCGACCCCGCGUAGGGGGAGCGGCACGAGGGCGCAUGGCGCCCAGGGGAGAGGAGCGGGAAGCUCUCCUGACCUCAUCCCCUCCAUCCCUUUUCUCCUUUUUCUCCCGCCCCCCCAGUCUAGGGGCGUGCGACAGGGGACAGCCCCUCCCCCCACAGGACCUAGCGGUAGUGGGGGGUUGGGGGUGGACGAGGGGUGGCUAUAGAAAGGGGCAUGACCAAGAUGCUAGGGACAGAGCGAGGAAAAAAGGGGGGGUCCAGCCAUUCAGGGAACCCGGAGGAAUUGGAAGUGCCAUCACCACGCCGGGCAGGAGGGAGAUGCCAAAGCCGGCAGAGCCCCUACUCAAAGGUGGAGCGCAGUCAAGAGACCUCGAGGCGCCCCCCUCUGUUGGCCGAGACCGGAGCUGGCCCUCCCUCCACCCUGCUGGACCCGACAAUAAACUCGCUCUCUUGCUAGCAA